AUUGUGGAUGGUUAUGUCAAGAACUGGAGGUGGUGGGGUGCUGGUACAGGAAAGGUUGUCGAGGUUAGGUACGGUGGUCAACUGGGAUAUUGACAAUGGAGACACGGCGACAGCCGGGCACGAGGGGAAGGACUUGUAGACUUGCCCAAGGGCUAUUGAGUCAGCGGGCCGCAUUACAUUCAGAAUCGGCAACAGUAUUAGCAUGGGCACCUGUAGCCGUCUGGCGAGGAAUGGAAAAGGGCGAGAGACAUGAUGCAGGCUGGUUUGUGAGUUGUGCAGAGGUGCGGAUUGCGAGUUGGGGGUGGGCUUGGUUGAGGCCCGAGGCCUUAUUAGCCCAAUACGAUUGGGAGGGCAGCGAGGGGAAAGGGAGGUCUGGGCAAGGAUCACAAGGUGAAAGCAACGGUAGCUGUUCGCUUGAGCAUCGAGUUUAGAAACGGGGAAUUUCGAUCCAACUGCUGACCACCUAGGUACGGAGUAGGUGUGCCAGGCUAAGACGAGGGGCGGUCAGCCGCUUAGUUGACGGAACAGGCUUACCUAUGGUCUCGGUGCAGGCCCCUCGGCCGUGGACCAGGGGGCAUGGCUCAUCAGACGAGUAAUGUGUACUCCAUGACAAGUAGAUCUGGAUGUGAUAGAAACGCACGCCCAGGCUG